AAUCCAGGGGAUUAUAUCACGAGAUUGGUUUUGUUGUUUAACGUAUUCACAAACACUCUUUUCACUGUUAUUGAAUAAAUAAUAGCGAAUCAUGUAAGGACAUGUUACAGAUAUUACUAAUGUCAAUAUUAGUGUUAUUAAGACUUUGAAUUCUUACAUGCACAGUUUGCAGGUACUUUUAAUACUUCUUGUCUCUUGUUAAACUACAGACUUUAUGAAACUGAAGCUGGGCUGAGGCUAAGUCCAUCUGUAGAGGAGGUACUGAUUAAUAAUGAGGAGGAUGUCCUUCCAAUUCUGAACACUGCCUUCACAGAGCUGAAUUCCCGGUCCAGGACUGUCCGUCAGGAAUUAUUCCACGCUGUUUGAGUUAGCUGCUUGCAGAAGUUGAUCUUAAAGCGCGAAUUUCAUAUGUAGAAGAAUACAAUGGGGAACUUUUUGAUCUACUGCCUGAAAAUGGAUCUGCAGAAAUCAAAUGCAACUACAAGAAAUACUGAAAUGGUCACAUCACAAUUUACGGUCGCACAGUUGUAUACAGAUCUUUCCAGAACUGUAGUCGAUGUUUGUAGAGGUCGUGCUGCAAGCUCAGCUCCUGGUCAAUAUUCAGGCUAAACUUGAUCUGGAGAAGCUACCGACACAGGCAGAAUCCCAAAAUGAUCAACCAGGAGCUGAACUGGGAGCUGUUUGUGCUAGUCGACAAGAGUCUGAUCGAUAUCACAAGCAGGCUGAGGAUCAAUUGUCGGAGGUUCACAGCAAGGCAAAGGAAACUGAGUGGUCUUAUGAAGAGGUCGUGGAGACUUGUAAAAGGCUGCAACAAAGAAAUGCUGACAUGAGAGACAAGUUGGAUAGGGCAGAACUUGUUACAUCAAAGGCUGUAAUGGUGGCGGCCUAUGUGAAGAGCCGACUGUCUAAGAAGAAGGCCAAGUAUAAUUUGAAGAAAGAAAAGGCACAGCUGGAAGCCAAAGACAAUCAAAAAAUAACUGAACUUGGAGCUGUUUCUGCGAGUCGACAAGAGUGUCAGCUAUAUCGUAAUUGGGCUGAAUAUCAGAGCAAGACAGAAACAAUUGAGCGGUCUCAUGAGGAGCUCAUGGACAAACACAAGAAGUUUGAUCAAGACCGUGCUGAAUUGAUAGCCCGGAUCCAUCAGCUAAAUGUUACGUCAUCGGAAAUUGACCGAUCCUAUGCAGAGCUGCAGGACAAAUACACCAGCCUUGAAGGAUUACUUGUUGCCAAGAAAGCGCAGUUGAAUUGUGCACAAGCCAAGAAAGAACAAUAUUCCAAACUUAUUUACAUACAAAUGAAUAACUCCCAAGGUUAUUAAUUUUAUUUACAGAAUAAUCAAAAACAUACAUAGCAUGCAUAAAACGGGAGGAUCAGCGGAGCACAUGCUAUAAUAAUGAACAAAACGGACGAAUAAAUUGAAAGACAUGCAUUGUAAUAUAAAGUAGUUUUAAAGGA